AUGAGAACUUGCCAUCUAUUGUCAAAACUAUCCAACAAAGUUGGAUUCCCCAGAAUACAAAGGCCGGCCUACAUUCUAUCGCGGAGUUUGUGGUCAUCAUAUACUGCAAGCCACCCAACUUGCUUUACACCAUCUACAUUAUCUAUCCGCUCGCCAGAUAUAUGCAUAGCGAUCGUAUCAAACACUUUUUCUCAUGCAGAGCUCGAAUCGAUUCCCAAACAUCUUACCACUUUAUUAAAUCCCAAGCUUUUGAUUGGUUGCGUGGUAGACAAGAUCCAUGGAAAUUUACCAGACGGCAAUGGGGUAUCGCUUCUAGUUGGCGACUUGUCUUUAAACAAAUCUGUAUCAAUUUCAGAGUUUUCUUAUGAAAUUGAAGGCGACAGAAGGCUAUUUAAAACAAGUAAUGUUGGAAGGUGGUUUAGCAAUAACGAAUCUAGAAAUAGAGAUGACAUUGGAAAAUUGUUUGAUAUGGGAAAGUUUGAAUUGCCAUCUGCUGCUCCGAGUGAAAAGGAUCUGCCUAGUGGGUUGAAAAAGUUGAAAGAAAGUGGAAGUGGAGAAGGACUUUUGUUUAUGUUUAGUGACAUGGAACCCCAUUUGCUGUUGAGGUCAUUAGAUCAUCAUUUUCCAGCAUAUAAAAAGUUAGGCAUCAUCGGCACAUCUACUCCAUUCACAACAGCGCGACCAGUUACCUUGUUUUAUAAUGAGCAUGUACUAUCUCAGGGCGUUGUUGGGUUCUCGCUGACACCAACCAGUAUCGGAGAUAUCGCUCUUCAGCAUAGUUCACUAAGUCCGUUUGGCGAUAUAAUGAAGAUAACAAAGUGUCGAGGAAAUAUCAUACUAGAAUUGGAUGGACUUAAUGCAACUCGGCUUCUACUCGAUUCUUUACGCGCUGGGAAUGCUGAUGUAUCGAAGGAGACUGAAUUAUACUUGGGCAUAUAUCCACCGAGUGUUGAUAGAUAUGAUGAUUCUACUUUGAUAAUAAGUAAGAUAACAAGCGGCGAUCCAGCGAAAGGAAGUAUGGCAAUAGAUACAAUAGAUGAUUUACAAGUAAAUCAAUGCGUCAAGUUCAUGUAUAGGUCUACAGGCGAACCCACAAAAAUAAUGAAGGAUCAUACUCAAAACUCUAAAGAAAGUUCAAUAAAUCUCAUUUUAUCUGUAUCUGAUCCUGAAGACUGUCAGAAUUCCACUAUUAAAAAUCCGGAUGAACCAAAAGUAUCAAAAAGCAACACUUUUGGUGGUAUCAGCGAAAAUGGCAUUAUCAUUGGUCAUGGUGGUGUUGAAGGAUCGUGGGUAUGCAAUAUACCAAACUCAAUGAUCACAACUAGAUUGAAUAAAUAA